GCGGAUCAGGCGGCGACCGGGCGGGGCCGCGGCGGCAGCAGAGGGAACGCAGCAGCGGGAGCGCGGUCCGUGCCUGCAGGGGACGGCAGGGGAGGGGUCCCGGCCGCCGCCCCCUCCCCUGCACCGGUCGGGCGCCCCUCCGCGCUUCCCGCCGGACCUCCUGCGGGCAGAGGUGAGGGCAGCGGCGGCUGCUCCGGGGCAGCGCCGCAUCGACCGCGGCUGCGGACGGGAGGCGUGUGCCGCGGUGCCGCUCGGGUCUCCGCCGGGGUCAUGCAGCCGUGCGUGCCGCCUCCCCCCGGCUGCCGGGCGGGAGGGAGUUGCUGGGAGCCCCCGGGGGUCUCCGGUAGCGCCGGGCCCGGUGAGUGUUGCUGGGCGCCGGCCGGGCUAGGACCCGCGGGCGCGGCUGAGCGGCUGCUUGGUGCGGUGUCGGGCCGCCAGCACGGCCCCGCAGCCACGGGCCGGCUGUUGCCAAUGUCGUGCGCGCACCUCGGGCUCGCCCGUCCGCAAGCCGCCGUUGAAACCGGUCGCAUUAAAUGCAGUUAA